CAUAAGGUUGGCAUCAUUACCAAUCCAUAAAUCCCGAACGGCAUCCCCGCAUUGUCAUCCAUUUACGAGGGUUGUAUAUAGGCCGAUGAGCUUCGUAAAAGCAAUUCGACCACUGGUUAGACUCCGUCAGCCAAGUAUUACAAGAACCAUGCAUAUCCAAUCGAUUCCCAUGUGGACCGGGAAGGGCAACAAUUAUGCCUACCUGGUCACUGAUGAACCUACGAAGGAUUCGGUGAUAAUCGAUCCGGCAAACCCACCAGAGGUUGCUCCCGUGUUGAAAUCCCAGAUCGAUUCCGGCAAGAUCAAUCUCACAGCAAUCGUAAACACUCACCACCACUGGGAUCACGCCGGCGGAAACGAUGAGAUUCUUAAAGAAUUUGGAAAACUCGCAGUAAUCGGUGGUAAGGACUGCAAGUCUGUGACGAAGACGCCCAAGCACGGAGAGACUUUCAAGAUCGGUGAACGCAUCUCUGUCAAAGCGUUGCACACUCCAUGUCACACGCAGGACAGCAUUUGCUACUUCCUCGAGGACGGUGAUCAGCGCGUUGUUUUCACGGGUGACACGCUUUUCAUUGCAGGCUGCGGACGAUUCUUCGAAGGCAAUGCGAAGGAGAUGCACAAGGCUCUGAAUGAGGUCCUUGCAGCUCUACCGGAUGAUACAAAAGUCUAUCCUGGUCAUGAGUACACAAAGUCGAAUGUCAAGUUCUGCCUUGCAGUUUCUCAAUCGGAGCCGAUUAAGAAGCUUGAGGCCUUUGCUGCGCAAAACCAGCAGACUCAGGGGAAAUUUACCAUUGGAGACGAGAAGCUUCACAACGUCUUCAUGAGAGUCAACGAUCCGGUAAUCCAGAAGGCCACAGGCAAGACAGACCCCGUGGACGUGAUGGCCGCUCUCAGAGAAAUGAAGAACGCCAUGUGAAGCCCUUUUGCGAAACUGUAUAUCCGAAAUCGAGACGGUAUUCCUUGACGGGAACUACGGACUACAUCUAUGUUACAUUUCUAUCUAAGAUAAAAUGGCGCUUCCGCGCGGCUUGCUUUAGCGUGGUGGCGAAGUGGUGUUGAAGAUGGCGUGAGAAGAGAAUUCAAGGUGGUGAUAUUGGAGUAGAUGUGAUUUGACUGAUGUCAGAGAAUAUGAAGCUUUUCCGGCUACGAUCCCAAAGCAUCCUUCUUAACCGUCUAGAUACUUGUAAACUUAGAAAUAAGGCAGUCGAUAUUACGCCCUUCGAUCGACCUGGACUACCUAUCGCUCAAUAUAGGAC